AUUGAUUUGGGCCAAUUUCUUUUCUUUUAUGUGCGGGCUUCUGGACCAAUUAGUUGUUGCCUGGCUCUCUCCGAUGCCCAUUUUUUUAGCAAUCAACUGGGAAAAAAAAGGGGGAAUUAUUACACGUAUUAAAUACUUAACAGAUCUACAUCAAGGAAACAAAUAAUGAGGCUGUUUGAUGGUUGGUCUUCUUCUUCUUCUUCUUCUUCUCUUUUGUCUCCCACCUUCUGGGUUUUUUUAGUGAUGGACUACCAUAACUCGACGACCUCAGAGGAGGAGGAUGCAAAUGGCAUCAACUUUUGAUUUUUCAAGCUUUUCAAAGCAUAGCGGCAAGGGAGGCGGGAGUCCGUUGCCCGUGACGAUGGAGAACCCCAACCAAUUUUCGUUGGUGGAAAUCACAGAGCCUCUGCCAUCGACAUCUUCUUCUUCUUCCGUAGAUGAGAAGCAGAGAGUGAAGAACAUGAAGCAAUUCAGAUGGGUUUUCCUCCUAAAGAUCCAGAAGGCGUGGUCUUUGCUCUGUUGGGUCUUCUCUGCUUCCUUCGGCAGGCUCUCUUCUGCAAAAAGACGACUGUUUUCCACUGGAAACGAAGGGCGCGGCUACAAGGGCAGGCUAUUAAGGUUCAUUAGGGGAUUUCUGGUAGCUGCCAUGGUGGUUCUGGCCUUUGAAUUGGUUGCCCAUUUCAAGGGGUGGUACGCUCACAGCCUGCGGGUGAUUAGGCCUUCUGAGAUUGACGGCUUCUUGCAUUGGAUUUACCUUCAGUGGCUGGAUUUCAGGGCUGAAUAUAUUGCAAGACCAAUCAAGUUUCUCUCAGAUUUUUGUGUGGUUCUGUUCAUGAUUCAGUCGGUGGAUAGAGUCGUUCUGUGCAUUGGGUGCUUCUGGAUCAAGUUCAGGAGGAUUAAACCACGGGUUGCAGAUGGAGAGGUGCUUGGAUCUGGAGACGUUGAGGCCCAGGGAUCAGAUUUCCCACUGGUUCUUGUUCAAAUUCCCAUGUGUAACGAAAGAGAGGUGUACGAGCAAUCCAUCUCAGCUGUUUGUCAUUUGGAUUGGCCAAAAGACAGGCUGUUGAUACAGAUAUUAGAUGAUUCAGAUGAGGAAGGCAUACAAAAGCUGAUUAAGAAUGAAGUUUCAAAGUGGAGUCAGAAGGGACUGAACAUACUGUACCGUCACCGUUUCAUUAGGACUGGUUACAAGGCCGGUAAUCUCAAAUCUGCAAUGGCUUGUGAUUAUGUGAAGGACUACGAAUUUGUUGCAAUAUUUGAUGCAGACUUCCAGCCAAAUCCUGAUUUCCUGAAGCAGACGAUACCAUAUUUCAAGGGGAAGCCUGAUCUUGGUCUUGUUCAAGCUAGGUGGGGUUUUGUGAAUAAGGAUGAAAAUCUGCUCACUAGGCUUCAGAACAUCAACUUGUGCUUUCACUUUGAGGUGGAGCAGCAAGUAAAUGGUGUUUUCCUGAACUUCUUUGGAUUCAAUGGAACUGCUGGCGUGUGGAGAAUCAAGGCCCUGGAGGAUUCUGGUGGUUGGCUCGAACGCACUACUGUCGAGGAUAUGGACAUAGCUGUCCGUGCUCAUCUCAAAGGAUGGAAGUUUAUCUUUCUUAAUGAUGUUAAGGUCCUUUGUGAAAUUCCAGAAUGCUAUGAAGCAUAUCGGAAGCAGCAGCACCGAUGGCAUUCUGGUCCAAUGCAGCUUUUCCGGUUGUGCCUUCCAGAUAUCAUCACUUCCAAGAUAUCAUUCUGGAAGAAGAUGAACCUCAUAUUCCUCUUCUUUCUUCUAAGGAAGUUAAUCCUCCCAUUCUAUUCCUUCACGCUUUUCUGCAUUAUCCUUCCCUUGACAAUGUUUGUACCAGAAGCCGAGUUGCCAUUAUGGGUCAUAUGUUAUGUUCCUGUUUUUAUGUCAAUCUUAAACAUUAUGCCUGCUCCAAGUUCAUUUCCUUUUGUGGUGCCUUACCUUCUGUUUGAGAACACCAUGUCCGUCACAAAAUUUAAUGCGAUGAUUUCUGGACUGUUCCAAUUGGGUAGUGCUUAUGAGUGGGUUGUCACAAAGAAGACUGGGAGAUCAUCAGAAACAGAUCUAGUAGCAGUUGCAGAGAGGGAAUUGGCAAAGAUGAAACAGCAUAAGCUCCACAGACAAGCUUCUGAAUCUGCAUUAGAGACACUAAGUAAAAUGAGAGAACAGGAAGAAGCUCCUCCUCUCAAGAAGAAGGCCAAUCGCAUAUAUCGCAAGGAGCUAGCACUUGCUCUCCUCCUCCUCACAGCAGCAGUAAGAAGCCUACUCUCUGCUCAAGGCAUCCAUUUCUACUUCCUUCUGUUUCAAGGAGUGUCUUUUCUACUUGUUGGCUUGGACUUGAUUGGAGAACAGAUAAGCUGAUGCCUUCACAAGAGACGAUGGCACCAACGACCUCCUUCAAUCCAUGUCCGGACGACCAUGGCAAUGAAUUUCUUGGUUCAACUCAAGUCGAGAUGCCCAAUUGGCACCUGAGUUUGAGAUUAUUGAAUCUGGUUUUAUGGCUACAUCUAUCUUUAUGAAAAAUUUCGUUCAUGAAUCAUCUUGUUCUUUGUAGAACACAGCUCCUUUUUCAUAUGGGAACUGUUUGAGGAGUAGGCCUCUUUCCUCUUUCACUCUUUCAGUAGUAUAUAAUACAUAGCAUACAAAAAUUCAUGUUUGUGAUGCUUACCAUUGUACAACAAUGAUAUGUACAUUUAAUUCAUUUAUAUGAUGAAAAAAAAAAGGCUUUCCCUUCUCGGUGAACAAAUUUCGG